GUGCUUUCAUAACUAAUAUGGAAUAGAUAACAGUAGUUUGAAAGCGCUACUGUUUGGUGUAUCAAUGAAGCCAUGUUAGCUGAGGCUCGAGGUCCAGGCCCCUUGGCUUCAGGAGCAACUUGGAAGCCCUCCACCACUGGGAAGGAUAGCAAACAGGAUCUGGGGAUUCACCAGAGGCAACGGGAUGGAAAACACCAGCGACAAGCGUCCAUUCAAAGAAGCUGCUUCUAUGGGUUGGAAUUGAAGCCAGAGCUGGUCUGGGAGGACUGGGACCUGCGAAAAGAGUUCACCAAGACAUUAGUGUUAAAGAAUAUUCACAGCAAGCUGCAAAAGCUACAUGUCAGGCCUCCAGUGUCCAAGUUUUUCAGCACCUCGAUUUCCCAGAUGAUUGUCCUCAGCCCAGGGACUUCUUUCUCCAUACCAGUCAGCUUUAGACCACUCCAGAGGUGUGAGUAUGAAGACAGCAUUGAUUUUCAAGGGAGAGAUGGCAGCUUCCAAGUUAGACUCCAUGCCACCAUCCCCUGCCAUGCUCUGGAAGUGCCUGACUCUGUGCUGCUGCCACUCUGUGCUGUCGGAGACUCCUCCCACACUACUUUCCUGUUAAAAAAUGUCAGUAAACUCCACACAUGCUUCCAGUGGGAUUGUGCAGCCCCGUUCAAUCUAAGCCCUGAGCUAGGCCUGUUGAAGCCUGGCCAGGAGUGUCACAUAACUGUGGUCUUCCGACCACGAGAGGCACUAGUAUACCAGCAACAGGCCAACUGCAGAUUUGGAGAAGAAGGGGACAAGGCUGAGACCGGCUGCUCUGUGCUGCUGCAGGGACUGGCUAAAUACCCAUGUCUUCAGCUGAAAAAUCCAGGUAUCGUGGAUGAAAAAGAAAAAUGUUGUCCAGUUUUGAACUUUGGCUCUGUGGCAGUUGGCCAAAGUUUGCAGAAACACUUUGACGUCUUCAACCCCUCCCCUGUAACUGCAUCUUUCUCUCUUUCACGACUGUCCAGUGGGAUGCCUUUGUUGGGGACAGAGUUCAGCUGUGAUGUGAGUAGGGGCAAGGUGGCGCCUGGUGGAUCACUUCAGAUUACAGUCACCUUUACUCCUGCUGAGGUGGAUAGUGUCUCUGUCGAGUACUUAUCUCUAAAAUGUAGAGGGGCACUCAAUAAAACCCGGCUCAAACUCACUGGAAACUGUAUAGGUCCCAAACUUUCCUUGUCCUGCUCUGUGGUGGACUUUGGCUGUGUUGAGGAAGGAGGAAGAGUUGAACAGACUAUGGAGCUGGUUAAUUCUUCACCUGUUGAGGCUUUCUUCCAAUGGGACCUUGACUGCAGUGGGCACAGUGUGUUCAGCAUCCAGCCAGCAAGUGGCACUGUACACCCACAUAGCCACACCAAACUGAAAGCAGUCUAUAGGCCCACACAGCCUAUUGUGCAUCGCAGGAGAGUGGCAUGUUUCAUACUGCACAGGGACCCGGUGUUCCUUGACCUGAUUGGUACCUGUCACUCAGAGCUCCAGCAACCAGCCAUACUGAAACCUGAGCACCUGGUUCUUUACAAACUCCAUUGGUAUGGCAGACAGGACCCAUCAGACAUGACCAGUGCCAUGCAGCAAGAUCCCGAUGUACACUUGAACCAACAGGGAGUGCUCUGCCCCCUAGAGGAGCAGUCACACCAGAGACCAGAAAGUACCAGUGUGGUGUCCACAGAUCCCAUUGGGGAAUAUUACCAAUCCUGUUUGGGGUGCAUGGACCCGCUCUUUUACAGUUCUUUAUCGUCCCCACAUGUAUCCGUGGUGCCCAGUGAGCUGCUGUUUAAUCACAAAACACCCUCCUCUUUGUCCUUUUCAACCACGUCCUUUCAACCAGUCUCUAUCACAAACCACACCACGAAGAAACUCAGCCUGGUGUGGACUGCUGUCCAACACUCUCCAUUCUCUGUCUCUCCAUCAUCAUGGGACCUAGCUCCACUGAAGUCCACUUCAUUCAGAGUGACCUAUAACCCCAAGCAGCUCAAUACUCUGCAUGGAGCACAACUAGAGUGCUUUGCAUACUAUAAGGACAAUGAUAACAGUGAGAAGCGACUGCUGUGUCCACCCUGGUGUGUGACUGUGAGAGUCAUUGGCCACUCCUUUCAGCCAGGCAAAGAGCAUUUCGUCCCAUGCUGCUCCCUGAAGCCCCCUCAAGUGGUGUUCCCUGCCUGUGGUGUUCUUUCCUGUCGGACGGUUGUCCUCCACAAUCAUGGAGACCUGCCCCUGACUUUCUGUCUGGACCACAGCUCAAACCCUGCCCUGGUGGAAUCUGUGUCUGUACUACCGAGCUGUGGUUUGAUCCCGCCUGGGAAUCACCAAAUCCUCACCCUCAGAACAACUCCCACAGAAGACAGUCCCAAAGAGGGGUUCAGCUUUCACCUUCAGCUCAAUGCAGCUAAACACACAAAGGAGCUGACAGUUGUUAGUGUGGUGGAAAAGCUGUGUGUGUCUCUGGAAGGCGACAACAGUUUAUAUUUCCAGCCAACAGCGUUGGGCUCUCGGACGCAGCGCUCUCACCAGAUCAGGAACCUCAGCCGUUUACCUCUACGAUUCCAAUGGAGCAUUCCAGAGGCAGACCAGGACCUUAUCUGUGUUCAACCAGAUGCUGGUAAACUGCAUCCCAGUGAGAGCUCAGUCCAGAUAUGGUCCUUCAGCCCACUGGAAGAAAAAACAUACACACUUAAACCCACCCUUACCUUCUGGCCGAUUGAGAGUCCUGGAUUUGACAAGUCACACCUUGCCCUUCAAGUGGUGGGGAUGGGCUCUAAAGGCUCAAUAGAGGCAAAGAAAGCAGUCCUGGAUGUAGGGGAGACUCUGGUUGGAAGCUAUCGUUCUAUUCAGAUCCCUCUUGUAAACAACAGCCCCUGCUCUGUUUCCAUUCGUCUCUCUGUAGAGCAGAUUCUUCUGGAUGAGGAACUUUCUUAUGACUCUGAGACUGAGCCAAAUGCCCUUCAGCUGGACUGUGAGAGGGGAACCAUCGCCUCACACUCCGAAAUGCUGCUGCGAGCCACUGUCAGACCACACAGGCGAGCCCAGUACCUGUGGACCAUCAGCUACCAGAUGCUGAAUACCAGAGGGUUUGUCUCAUGCCCUCCCCAAGCAGCAUGUGAAGUGCGUGCUCAGGGCGUGUUCCCCACCCUACAGGUCAUCAAUGCCUGUAGUGGUGGAAGUGUGGGCAGACUCAGCAAAGUGCACCAAUGGAAACUCUUCUCACUGGAGAGCCUCAACGAGCACAUGUUGUCCAACCCUUCCCCUGCAGAACUCACCUACAGAACUCCGUCUAGCCACAGUCUGAGCAGUUCUCCUUCCAUCUUUUCCAAAGCCAUGUUGGACUUCAACUUUAGUGCCGCUCCCUUGAAUUCAGAGCCCUCAACUGUUAUGUUGAUGUUUCACAACCCGGGCUCCCUCCCUGUAGACUGGGCAUUCUUGUUUCCAGAGGACCAACAGAUAGAGUUGGAGUACUGGGCCGAGACCGGCGAAUUUAGCAGCACUGAACUGUACCGGAUGAAGGUUCAAGACAAUCAUCUGUUCAGUAUUACUCCCCGUUCUGGGACUUUGCUCCCUGGCCAGCAGAGGGCGGUACACUUCACCUACAGCCAUGACUUUGUUGGAACAGAUCGGUUUCCUGUUGUCUUUAAACUCUCUUAUGGCAGAGAGAUCUUGCUGAACUUUCAGGGGGUGACGGUGGAGAAAGACAGACCAUAUCUACACUUUGCCUCCAAGCGACAUGUCUUUACUUCUGUUACUGUUGGGGACUGUACUCCUCCGAAGCAGAUGUAUGAACUACACAAUGGCGGUGCAGUGCCAGUCCGUUAUGAGGUGGACAUAGCUGCAUUGUCACAGCUUCAGGUGGACAACUUUAACCAUCCAGUGCUGUGCUGCCUCAAUCCAGAGGGAGAGGUCCUACCUGGGAGGACGGCCAUGCUUGAAUGGAUCUUCUCUCCACUGGAGACUAAGCUGUACCACAUGGACAUUCCUAUACAUGUCCAGAAUGGAGACUCCACACUUGUGAGGUUUGAGGGUUGUGGGCUUUAUUCUCCUACACCAGGUUCCACAAACCCAUUUAACUGCGGUGAUGCUGAAGCAUCUGAACCCUUCGUCCAGAGGCUGCCCUUCCCAGGACAGGUGGUAUUUCUGUCUGAGGACAGUGUCUCUCUCGGCCACAUCCCUGUGUGCUCACGAUCUUCAAGAAUCUUCUUCCUGACCAAUGUGUCCCACAAAGACACUGUCCAUUAUACAUGGGACCUGCUGCAGCAAUGCAAUCAGCAGGUGGUGCAGAUCCAUCCAGAGCGAGGUAGUCUGUGUCCAGGGGAGAGUGCACUUUGUGUCCUUACCUUCACCUCUACUGACUACCCCACUAUUUAUCAGCUAGAUGUCAUCUGUCAGGUUACUCAGGAGGCUGCACUGACCAGGUAUCAUGAUGCAUUGCAGCAUUGGGAGGAAGAGAAAGAGAGACAGCAAGAUGAAUUCACUAUCACGGACAAAAGUCUUACAGAAAGUCAAGGACUUCUUAUAAACAAGGAACUUGUAGCAUCUCCAGUAAGAAAAGGGCCACCCCUCAGGAAAUACAAGACUCUUCCUCCUAUCAAUGGUGGUAGUGAAACAGUGGGCACAAUAUGUACCAAGCUAACAAGAGCUGAGCGGCGGGCACAGCGGCAAACAGCAAAAGCAUGGAGAUUCCCAGAACUCCCUCAACCUACUCUUCUCCAUCUUGAGGUUACAGCACACUCCCACGGGCUUCUGGAGUACCUUCCACACUUCCCCGACCAGUUCAAUAAGCACUAUAGAUGCCAUCAGUUAGUCAAGCCCCGACAACCUGAAACAACUUCUUCAAGCACAUCCCUCCCUGCUGGGCCGCCUUCCCCGUUAUGUGGUCCUUUUAGAGACAUCGUAAAGCACGUACUGACUUCUUUGCUCAGGGACAUAAUAGAUGAUCCAGCCUUCACCCAAUCUCUGAUUUCUUAUCAAUUUAAACCCACCCCCGACUGGCCUCGUAAAACUAGUCAUUCUCAGUGCCCCUUAUCCCAAUCCUCCCUCCCUCCCCCUCCCUGUUCCACAUCAUCUAACUCUACACCCCAACCUCAGGUUCUCUUGAGAAGGACAUUGACUGGGCAGAGACAACAGCACAACAAAGUGGACAGUGAGGGAACUGCAGGAUAUUUGAGAAACUGGCCCCAAACACAAAACACACCAUGCACUGAACAUGUGCCUGCUGACAUGAGGGAGGAUGUUUUGCUGAACACCCUCCAGAACCUGAUGAUGGAAGCCGUUAGAGGAGAGCUUGUCCUCACAGCGCACCCCCGCACUGUUAUCUCGCCACCUGUUUCUACAAGGUGAAGACACACAUUGUACAAUAGCUCUGGCAGUGUUGCCUCCCUCCCUUGUUUAUUGAAAUAAAAUAUGGUUAACAUAUUGGCAGAAACGUCCAGAACCAGAAAGCGACAUUGCCUUUUUUUUCGACAUUGUAAACUAUGAGGUAUCUCUACAAGCUAUAAUAUGUUGUUUUCAGCCAUUUUUUUGACAUCUCAAAAUUUGAUGUUUUUUGACAUACUAUACUUUGUCAUUUUUGGAUGCCAGCCUACGGCUAGGACAACCGAGGGCACGGAAGGAGCAGCAGGGCCUCCAGUUGAGCUGAGAGAUGUGGAAUGUGGAUGCGUUCCGAAUCGCAUACUUUUUCUUUUUACUUUUAGUAGGUACUAUGGCUGCCCUUGCAAAGUAUGUACUGUUGCAUGCAGUAUGCACACAAUCAGGACAUACUACUUCUUCAUAAUACUGCAGCCUGAACUUUGACCCUCUUUCUUAUAUAACUGUUACCAUGGAGAUGAAACAAAUCGCCAUUAGCCAUCUCAACAGAGAUGGAGGUUAACACGGAGAGCUCUGCAAUUGUUACUUAACGUUUAACUUCUAAGUUAU